AUGGAUCCACCUCCACCUAACGAUCAAACUUACCAUGGUUAUACGCCAUAUGGACGGAACCCUUACUAUCCCUCACCGCCACAACCACCAUAUCCACCACCUCAAUAUUAUCACAACUACCCUUUUCCUUAUCCACCUUCUUUUUCAUAUCCUAUGCAUCCACCACCAAUUUAUUAUCAUGAACAAGCUUAUGCAACCCAACAUUAUCAGCCCCAAAGAUAUCCUAUUCAUGAGAUGCCUUCAUAUUACCCUCCAACGCACCUUGACGAGCCAAACCACCUAAAUUCUGAGAAUUUUUCAGGUAGUGGCCCAUCCACGCGAGCAACACGCAUGUGUGCAGGCGUGGGAGCUCACUGGAAUAAUUCCACGCCGGGUCACAUGCGUGUUGACGACGUGGAUCGAGCCGAAAUCUAUGCCUACUCUUCUACUCCCCCAGAACAGCCUCUUUCACCCGAAAACAACCAAACCACCCUUGAACAACGCUUAAAUGAUUUUAUACGAGGGACGAGGGAGGAGAAUGCUAAACUCAAAGAAACUAUCACCAAAGAGAUGCUGGGAGAAAUUCAAGAGCUUCGCCACGAAACACUCUCACCGCUCCAAGUCCAGGGAGAAACGGACGUGAACGCUGUGACACUAAGAAGCGGGAGAGCACUUCCAGAAGUUGUUCCACCACCACCGCCAUCUGUCCCAGCAGAAAAUCUGAGGAUGGACAAAGAUGAGACUUCCAACGCAACACAAGUUGAACAAGCACUCGAAAAAGAGAUCGGAAGGGAAGAAACGCAACCGCCACAACCUUCUCGGAAAGGAAAAAAAAUCAUGCAAGAGCCACCACCAGUGCCGAAAGAAAAACUCCCAUUUCCUCAAAGAUUCCGCACUGAUAUCGACAACGCCAAGUAUGAUAAGUUCCUACAAAUGCUACGCCAACUACACAUUGACAUGCCAUUCAUUGACGCAUUAGGAGAAAUGCCGAGGUAUGCCAAAUUCCUUAAAGAUAUUUUGUCUAACAAAAAGAGAUUGGCUGAAAUCGCUACUGUUGUGUUAGGAGAAGAGUGUUCUACUAUAUUACAUAAGGAUGUACCCGAGAAGUUAAAAGAUCCGGGAAGUUUCACUAUAGCUUGUAAUAUAGGAAGAACAACCUUUAAUAGAGCCUUGGCAGAUCUAGGUGCUAGUAUUAAUUUGAUGCCUUUUGCUUUAUAUCGAAAAUUGAAUUUAGGAACUCUUAAGCCUACACGCAUGUGCAUUCAGUUAGCUGACCGAUCCACCAAAUACCCCAGGGGUAUAGUGGAAGAUGUUUUGGUCCGAGUCGAUAAAUUCAUUUUUCUAAUGGAUUUUGUGAUCUUAGAUAUGGACCCGGAUGUGGAGAUUCCUCUCAUCUUGGGCAGACCUUUCUUGGCGACCGCUAGAGCUUUGAUAGACGUAGGGGAAUGCAAACUCGUUAUCCGUGUGGGAGAUGAGUUCGCCAGCUUCGACGUAACCAAAAUUAUGAAAUAUCCUCUAGAUGGGGAUGAAUGCUUUUUUGUCGACUACGUGCAUGAUGAAUUGAUUAUUUAUGGGAAGUGCCCAAAGCCAAGAGUCUCGGAGGAAAUGGUUGGAAAUGAUGGGGAUGAACUUGAUGAAUUUGGGGAGGAGUUUGAUGUUGGAAAUGAGAAAAGAAAUGAAGAAGACGAAAUAAUACAGGAAGGAGAGUUGAAGCCUUUGCCUACGCACCUUGAGUAUGCUUACCUAGGAUCGGGGAAGGAGUUGCCAGUUGUCAUCGCAACAGAUCUUUCAGCUGUACAAAAAGAGCAACUGAUAGCAGUGCUGAAGAGAAAUAAAGAAGCAAUCGGUUGGAGGAUGACUGAGUUCAAGGGGAUUAAUCCGGCUAUUUGCACACAUAAAAUUCUAUUGGAAGAAGGGGCCAAACCUGUAGCCCAACCGUAG